AUGAGCAAAAAGUACGCUUUCCUUCCCAUGGAAGAGGAUGAGGUGGGUCCUCAGAAAGUUACCAAGGAGAAGAAAUCUAGACAUCGACAUCGCGAACGAGACCGCGACGACAAGUCAUCUUCCCGACCCUCAAAGUCCCGUCGCGAACGCAGUCGCUCGAAAUCACCAGGUCGAGCAUCUUCAUCACGCCAAAGCCGACCCAAGCAAUAUCGACGACGCGACGACAAGGCCGAAUUCGAUGAUCGAUGGGGCGACGAGGAGCCACCAUCCGAUGAACCUGAGGAGGAGGAUGAUGAGCCAGAAUUUGAACAAUCAGCAAGCAAGCGAGUUAAAUUAAGCCAUGAUGAAUCAAAAGAUGAAGACCUAUCCGAUGGUGCGAAAGAAGAAUUGGAUCGCAAAAAGGAUAUUGAAGAGCGUGAAGCUUUCGCAAAGCGCCUAAGAGAAAAGGACAGCAAAAAGCCGAAAAAGGACAGUAGAGAUGUAGAAUCAUCGUCGAGAAGAAAACUUGCCGAAGACGCCGAAGCGCGGAACCAAGCGUUACCCGACAUUCGAGAACGAUCGCGACAGGAAUAUCUCAAGAAACGAGAGGCCGAACGAUUAGCCCUUCUAAGGAAGCAGGUCGCAGAGGAAACUGCUGAGCUACGAAGCGGCGUGCGACUGUCAGAAAAAGAAAAGGCCGAGUUCGCCAAGAACAGGGAGAUCUUGCGACUGGCUGAGGAGCGCCUCAAGAUCGAUGACCACAGAGAUGGAUAUGCUAUGCCAGAGGAUUACAUCACAGAGAAGGGUAAACUCGACCGAAAGAAAAAGGAGGAAGCACUUUAUAAGCGAUACGUCGAGAAAGAUGAGUUUGGACAGGAGAAAUUUGUUACUGAACACGAGGAAUGGGAACGGGAGCAAGCUUCAAAGGCCAAGGCGCAGAUUCAGCGCGCCGAGAGAGAGAAUGACGAGUACGACUAUGUCAUGGACGAUGCCCAGUAUAUUCAGUGGAACCUGGAUUCACGUUUGCCUGGAGAUGAUCGGAAAUUAACCAAGGAACAACAAUUCCUUGAGGCGCAAAUCGACGCAGCUGAAAAGAAGGCCCUUUCGAUUCAGGAGACAAGAAAAAGUCUACCAAUUUACCAAUACCGAGACGAGUUCCUUGCUGCGCUAGAGCAGUACCAGGUUCUAGUCAUUGUCGGAGAGACUGGUAGUGGAAAGACGACUCAACUACCGCAAUAUCUCCACGAAGCUGGUUAUACCAAGAACGGCCUGAAGGUUGGAUGUACUCAGCCCCGACGAGUGGCAGCCAUGAGUGUAGCAGCUCGUGUCGCCGAAGAAGUUGGUGUCAAGGUCGGAAACGAAGUUGGAUACACUAUUCGUUUUGAGGACUGCACAAGCGAUAAAACUGUUCUGAAGUACAUGACUGAUGGAAUGUUGCUACGAGAAUUCAUGACGGAGCCGGAUCUGGCAGGGUACUCGGCGCUGAUGAUUGACGAAGCCCACGAACGUACAGUCCAUACCGAUAUUCUGCUGGCUUUAAUCAAGGAUCUUUCGAGAGAACGACCUGAUCUGAAGCUGUUGAUUUCUUCAGCUACCAUGAACGCUGAAAAGUUUGCGCAGUACUUUGAUGAUGCGCCCAUCUUUAACAUUCCCGGUCGACGAUACCCUGUGGAUAUCUAUUAUACGCCUGCUCCCGAGGCAAACUAUUUGGCUGCAGCUAUUACAACGACUUUCCAGAUCCACACCACCCAGCCCAAGGGUGACAUCCUGAUCUUCUUGACGGGUCAAGAUGAGAUUGAAGCAGCCGAGCUUGAAAUUGCAGAAACAGCAAAGAAGCUGGGUAGUCGUGUCAAAGAACUUGUUAUCUGUCCCAUCUAUGCCAACUUGCCCUCGGAACUACAGUCCAAGAUUUUCGAGCCUACACCAGAUGGCGCUCGCAAGGUUGUGCUGGCUACCAACAUUGCUGAAACCAGUUUGACAAUUGACGGUAUUGUUUAUGUCAUUGACCCGGGCUAUGUCAAGGAAAACGUCUACAACCCGGCGACAGGCAUGUCCAACUUGGUUGUCGUUCCUUGUUCAAGAGCUUCUGCCAACCAGCGAAGUGGUCGAGCUGGUCGUGUCGGACCAGGAAAGUGUUUCCGUCUUUAUACCAAGUUUGCAUACAUGAACGAGAUGGACGAGUCGACUACGCCAGAAAUCCAAAGAACAAACCUGAAUGGUGUUGUGCUUCAGUUGAAGUCUCUUGGUAUUAAUGAGCUGCUCGAUUUUGAGUUCAUGGACCCUCCACCUACAGAAGCUCUUAUCGGCGCUCUGAACCAGCUUUUUGCUCUGCAGGCGUUGAAUCACAAGGGAGAGUUGACCAAGCUUGGACGACAGAUGGGUGAAUUCCCUACAGAUCCUAUGCUUGCCAAGGCUGUACUCGCUGCGGACAAGGAAGGAUGUGUUGAAGAGGUACUGUCUAUCGUAUCUAUGCUUGGUGAAGCAUCUGCCCUCUUCUUCCGACCCAAGGAUAAGAAGAUCCACGCAGACAGCGCCCGCAACCGAUUCACAGUCAAGGACGGCGGUGAUCACAUCACACUACUCAACGUGUGGAACCAAUGGGUCGACAGUGAUUUCUCCCCCGUCUGGGCCAAGGAGAACUUUCUGCAGCAACGCUCUCUCACGCGCGCACGCGACGUCCGCGACCAACUCGCCAAGCUGUGCGAGCGUGUCGAGGUGGCACCGUCCACAUGCGGCGCCACGAACCUGCGACCCAUCAAGCGUGCCAUCACAGCUGGCUUCUUCCCCAACGCCGCGCGGCUGCAGAAGAGCGGCGACAGCUACAGGACAGUCAAGAACAGUACGACCGUGUGGAUCCAUCCCAGCAGCGUGCUCAUGGCUAUCGAUCCGCCAGAGAAGAUGGUGGUUUACUUUGAGCUCGUGCAGACGACAAAGGAGUAUAUGCGCAGCGUCAUGCCGAUUGAGCCUAGAUGGCUGUCGGAGCUGGCGCCGCAUUUCCAUAAAAAGAAGGAUGUUGAGGAGAUGGAGGAGAAGAAAAUGCCAAAACAGCGAUCGUAA